UUGUUGGUGGCGCGGGUUUUUGUUAACAAUUGUUGUUAACAAUUACAAACAUUUAAUUACAUUGCCGCUUUUGACACUGCAUACUGCAGUACAGCACUAGCUGCCGUAUCAGCGAUACGUGGAUACCCAUAAAAAAGAUGAGAGUUCUACGUCGCGGGACGGUACAAAAAAUUGCGUUGGCCGUUUGCCUGGCGUUGUUGCUCUUCUCCUUGUAUGUUUUAAAUGAAGAGAGGGAUUUGGAUAAAAAUGUUAAAAUCGAAAUUAUCGAGCGCUCCAUUCGGGCGGCCAUGAAUCAAGGCGAAUGCCGACAUCCAUACCUGGAUGUGGAUAAUCCCGAUAUCAUGCAAUUCUACAAACCGGUGGGGAAAGUACACUGCGGCGACGGACUCGAUUGGGUCAUGUGCGAGAAAUCCAUAUGCUUUGUGAGGCCCGAGAUUACUGCCAGUCACGAGGAUGUCAUUUGCUCUUACACGGACAUCAUACGCAAAUCGGACUACAAGGUGCGCUUUGGGCGUACGCUGAGGGUCAAGGAGCCGUAUGUCCUGCAGAGCAGUGACUUUGUCAAAGUAUCAUGCCGGUCGGGCAGCGGUCAAAGCUGGUUCGGUAUGGCGCAUGGUAUCCGUGAUACUGUGCAACGACCGCUGGCUGCCAAUUUUGCCCCAAAUCUGGCUGUAUUGCCACCGGAGGCAGUGGCCCAGGCCCAGCCUCAGAUGCAGGAAGUGCCGACCGCCUCGUUCUACAAUGUUCUGAUGUUCGGCUUUGAUUCGCUGAGUCGCAACGCCUUCAUGCGCAAGCUGCCAAGGACAUACGAGUAUCUGACCAAACAACUGGGCGCCACAGUGCUGAAGGGGUAUAAUAUUGUGGGCGAUGGCACGCCACAGGCACUGGUGCCUCUUCUGACGGGCUUUACGGAACUGGAGCUGCCAGAGACACGGAAACGGUUUUCGGGAUCGGGCAGCGUGGAUUCGUAUCCCAUGAUUUGGCAGGAUUUUGCACGUCUCGGCUACAUGACUUCCUUCAACGAGGAUUUGCCCAAUGUGGGCACAUUCACGUACCGCAUGAAUGGUUUUCAGUCGCAGCCCGUCGACCACUAUCUUCGCACAUAUUUUGUUCAAGCAGAGCAAAUGGCAGGCGACAGCCAGCCCAACUGUAUUGGCCACCAGCCGGAUCAUAUUACCAUGCUGGAGUACACCAAGAAUUUUAUGCUUAAGUAUCGUGAUGCGCCGCGCUUUGUCUUCAGCUUUCAUGGGGGACUCUCGCACGAUUCCAUCAAUCUGGUGGGCGCAGCCGAUGAUGAUGUACACGACUGGCUGGUCGCCCUCAAGGAGAAAUCUCUGCUGGAUGACACCAUUCUCAUUUUUAUGGCGGAUCAUGGCAAUCGCUUUGCAGAGGUGCGGGCCACCCUGCAAGGCAAGCAGGAGGAGCGACUGCCGUUCUUUAGCUUUGCCUUUCCCGAGUCCUUUAAGAAACGUUUCCCCCAGGAGUACAAAAACUUUCUGGCCAACGAGCAGCGCCUUACAACGCCAUUCGAUGUGCACGCCACACUGAAGCACAUCAUUCAGCUGCAGACCGCCAGCGACGAAGAAACGACUGUUGAGAGCGAUGAUAUAUCUCCUAAGCCCAGGAUCCACAUCUCGGAAUUGGCUCGAGGACGUGCCAUCUCGCUGCUUGAACCCAUACCGACCAAUCGCUCUUGUGCCGAUGCUUACAUAGAGCCCCACUGGUGUGCCUGCCUCAAUUGGCGUCCACUGCAGCUGAACGACACUCAAUACUCUGGCGUGAUUCUCAAGGCGGCACAGAGCAUUGUGGACACCAUCAAUGCGGCCACAGCCGAGCAACGAAAGUUCUGCGUUCCCCUGGACUUGCUUCGCGUAAAUUGGGCACUGCGCCUGCAGCCGCACAAGGAGCUGCUGCAGUUCAAGACGAACAGCGACAGGGAUGGUUUCCUGGCGGAUAUGACCGGCCAGACGGAGGUGCACGACGAGAUGUACCAGCUGCAGCUGGUCACACAGCCGGGCAAUGGGCUGUACGAGGCCAGUGUGUCCCACAACCUGCAGACAUUCAGUGCGACAACAAAGCUCACGGAUAUCUCGCGUGUGAACAAGUACGGCACUCAGGCCAGGUGCAUUUACGAUCGUGAUCCAGAAUUGCGGAAAUAUUGCUAUUGCCGCGACUAGUCAAUGCGCACAUGCAGACGCAAAUAACGAACACUCUCUAGUCUGUAGUCUCAAACACAGAGAUCUGCUAAUCAAUUAGCUCGAUUAAUAUUCGAAUAUUCACAGCUGUUUGUAUUUGUAUUCUCCUCCCCACAAUGUAUUCAUAUUUGCCCCAAAAGACUACGAUCGCUCUCUUUUUCGAUAUUAAGUUUGAAAGUCUGCCUCAGUUUUUGUAAUAUAAGUUCCUCAACUCAAAGCGAAAGAAAGUACUAAUUAUUUUGUAUUUAUAGUAGUAGAGAAAAGAGCAAUGAAAUGAAAUGAAACCUCUCUGUAACCAAAUACCGAACACACGUAGAUAUAGGUAUAUAUUUUUAUAAUGCACUGUAUUUAUAGUCGCCUGUAUGUACUUUUAUUUGAAUAUUGAUAAACAUUUCUUCACAUACA